AUGUCUAGUUACGCGCAAGUGCAGGCCGCCGCCGGGGUGUUCAAGUGCCUCAUCGCGGGCGAGUGGAGGGAGUCGGAGUCCGGGAAGACGGUGGCAAUCGAGAAUCCCUCGACUGGCGAGAAAGUGUUCCAAGUGCAAGCAUGCACGCAACGCGAGGUCGAUGAGGCCUUCGCGGCGGCCAAGAAGGCCCAGAAGGAGUGGGCGAGGACGCCGCUCUGGAAGCGCGCCGAGCUCCUGAAGAAGGCCGCGAGCGAGAUGCGCAGCGACCCGGGCCCCAUCGCCGCGUGCCUCGUCACGGAGGUCGCCAAGGGCGCCAAGGACAGCCGCAGCGAGGUGGUGCGCAGCGCCGACCUGAUCGACUACACCGCGGAGGAGGGCGUCCGGAAGCUCAGCGAGGGCAGGCUCGUCACGUCCGACGCCUUCUCCGGCCAGAAGCGCUCCAAGCUGUGUUUGGCACAGCGCGUGCCGCUCGGCGUGGUCCUGGCCAUCCCGCCCUUCAACUACCCGGUGAACCUCGCGGUGUCGAAGAUCGCGCCGGCGCUCAUCGCGGGCAACGCGGUGGUCAUGAAGCCCCCGACGCAGGGCGCGGUCGCCGGCCUCCACAUGGCGGACUGUUUCGUGCGCGCCGGAGUGCCCCCCGGGGUACUCUCCGUGGUCACGGGCCGCGGGAGCGAGAUCGGGGACUACCUGACGCAGCACCCGAGCGUGUCGUGCAUCUCGUUCACGGGCGGCGACACCGGCAUCGGCAUCGCGCGCCGCGCCGGCAUGGUGCCGCUCCAGAUGGAGCUGGGCGGAAAGGACGUGUGUAUCGUGCUGCCGGACGCGGACCUGGACCUGGCGGCGCAGCACAUCGUGAAGGGGGGCUUCUCGUACUCCGGGCAGCGGUGCACGGCGGUGAAGCUGGUCGUGGCGGUCACGGAGGCCGUGGGCGACGCGCUGGCGGCAAAGGUGGCGGCGCGCAUGGGCAAGCUGACGGUGGGGCGGCCGGAGGACGACUGCACGGUGACGCCGGUGAUCAGCAAGUCGUCGGCGGACUUUAUCCAGGGGCUGGUCGAGGACGCGGUCGCGAAGGGCGCGCGCGUGGUGGGCCACGUGGAGGGUUGCGCGCCGGAGUGGCGCCGCGAGGGCAAUCUGAUCUGGCCGCUGUUCCUGGACGGCGUGACGCGCGACAUGCGGCUGUGCUGGGAGGAGCCGUUCGGGCCGGUCGUGCCGAUGGUGCGCGUGUCGGACGCGGCGGCGGCGGUGGCGCUGUGCAACGACAACCGCCUCGCGCUGCAGGGCUGCGUGUUCACGCGCGACGUGAACGCGGCGGUGCGCAUCUCCGACGAGAUGGAGACCGGCACGGUGCAGGUGAACGCGGCGCCGGCGCGCGGGCCCGACCACUUCCCGUUCCAGGGGUUCCGGGACUCGGGCAUCGGGUCCCAGGGAGUGCCAAACUCCAUUGAUAUGAUGACCAAGGUGAAGAGCACGGUGAUCAACCUGGACCAGCCGAGCUACUCGCUCGGGUGA